AUGGCGCAUUUGGUGGCGACGCGGCUGAUUCACGGUUCGUUCGCCGCGAGUCCUGCCUCCGGCGCUACGGAGAACCUUUCCGAGAAGCUGAGUCCGAGUUACGGCUCCACGGCCAAGGUCUUGGCUCAGGCUGAGAGGAGGUGCCGCCUCCGCCGUGAGGUGGUUCCUGUCAGCGCUCCGAUUACGGCGGCAAGAUCUGCGCGUGUGGAGGCGGAAGUGAUCCCGGUGUCUACUGACGACGUUUCGAAGGUUGCCGAGCGGAAUCAGUAUCUGCAAGGAAUUCCACAACUUGGUAACACAUCUGAGGAUAUGCUGACCAAGCCUAAUGUGAGGCGCAAGACAAAGAUUGUUUGCACCAUUGGCCCUUCUACCAACACUAGGGAGAUGAUAUGGAAGCUUGCAGAGGCUGGGAUGAAUGUUGCUCGUCUUAAUAUGUCUCACGGAGAUCAUGCAUCACACCAAAAGGUCAUUGAUUUGGUAAAGGAGUAUAAUGCCCAAGCAAAAGACAAUGUUAUCGCCAUCAUGCUCGACACCAAGGCAAGUAUAUUUUCUGGUCCUGAGGUUAGGAGUGGUGACUUACCUCAACCAAUCAUAUUGGAACCUGGUCAAGAAUUUACUUUUACAAUCCAAAGAGGAGUUGGCACAUCAGACUGUGUUAGUGUCAACUAUGAUGAUUUUGUUAGUGACGUGGAAGUUGGGGACAUGCUCCUUGUUGAUGGUGGCAUGAUGUCAUUAACUGUAAAAUCAAAGACUGCAGAUUCUGUAAAAUGUGAAGUUGUUGAUGGAGGAGAGCUUAAAUCUCGGAGACAUCUCAAUGUUCGUGGGAAAAGCGCGACACUUCCAUCCAUCACUGAGAAGGACUGGGAUGACAUAAAAUUUGGUGUGGACAACAAAGUUGACUUCUAUGCUGUUUCCUUUGUCAAGGAUGCCGCAGUUGUUCAUGAGCUAAAGAAUUAUCUGAAAGAUGCUGGUGCCGACAUCCAUGUCAUUGUAAAAAUUGAAAGUGCGGAUUCGAUACCGAAUCUGCAUUCCAUAAUUACUGCGUCUGAUGGGGCAAUGGUUGCCAGAGGUGACCUUGGUGCAGAGUUGCCGAUUGAGGAGGUUCCUCUGUUGCAGGAAGAAAUCAUCAGAAUAUGCCGAAGUAUGGGAAAAGCAGUGAUUGUGGCGACAAAUAUGCUAGAAAGCAUGAUAGUACAUCCUACUCCUACUCGAGCAGAAGUAUCUGAUAUUGCUAUUGCUGUGCGAGAGGGUGCUGAUGCAGUUAUGCUUUCUGGAGAAACUGCCCAUGGAAAGUUCCCUCUAAAAGCUGUCAAGGUCAUGCACACAGUCUCUUUGCGAACUGAAGACACUAUAGUUGGCACAAAAACUCCUUUGAAUCUUGGACAUGCCUUCAAGAAUCACAUGAGCGAGAUGUUUGCAUACCAUGCAACUAUGAUGUCCAACACACUUGGGACGUCAAUUGUUGUUUUCACAAGGACUGGCUUCAUGGCCAUUUUGUUAAGUCAUUACCGGCCAUCUGGAACCAUCUUUGCUUUCACAAACGAGAAAAGAGUACAACAACGAUUGGCACUGUACCAGGGGGUUUGCCCCAUACACAUGGAGUUCUCAGCCGAUGCUGAGGAGACAUUUGGCAAUGCGUUGGAUUUGUUGCGAAAGCAAGAAAUGGUGAAAGAAGGCGAACAGGUUGCUCUCGUCCAAAGCGGCCGGCAACCCAUCUGGCGGUCCCAAUCAACUCAUAAUAUUCAGGUCAGGAAAGUGUAG